CUUUACUCUUGUUACUAAUCUAUAUUUAGAAUUGGGAAUUUCCUUUUGGAAUUCCUCUGGAUUUAUCAUGAUGGGACUGUGCCUAAUUUAGGUGUAUGUGUAAUAUUUUCAGAAAGUAUUGAUUUAUACAAUGUCCAGUGAAAGAUUUUGUAUUUUGUUAGCAAAAUGUCUUGGUAAGAAAAAAGAGAAGAAGUUACUGAAAUCAUCCACAUCAAAGGUUGAAAUUUUGCCAGGCACACUUUUACUGUUUUUAGAUAUUGUCAAAAAUUCAAGUAAUCAUUUACAGUUUGUAUUAGAAACUCUAGACCAGGAAGAUGUAGAGGUGACUUGUGACCGUGAUGACUUUAAUGAGAUCAGCAAAGAAGAAUAUGAACUUUUGAUAAGUGUACCAACAUGUGCUGAUCGGUAUCAAAUCUUUCUGAAUAAAGAAUGGAUGCAGGAAGGACAAAAGUUAAAAGUUGGAGAUUAUGUAGAAGUUUAUGAUAAAGCCUCGGCAAAGGAUUUAAUAGGAAUUCUACGUUACAGGGGCCAUGUACAAGGUGUUAGUGGAAUUCACUUUGGCGUUGAGCUUGUGUACAAUAAAGGUCAAGGCCACAGUGAUGGAUUGUUCAGAAAUCAGCGAUACUUCACUUGUUCCUCAGAAUCAGCCCUAUUUGUAGGUCUCCACAGAAUACGUCAACACAAAGGUCUUCCACCACCACAGCGCCAGUCUGAACCGGCUGGGGCUUGUGGUACUAGCGUGUACAGUCAAUAUGGAAAAGCAAAUGCAUAUGGACUUAAAAAGGGGUUUGAUAAAUAUUGUUUGGAUAAAGUGACGAUGGCCCUAACAGGGGAUAAUCCGGUGGGUUCUGGUACAGGAAAAUAUAGAGAUCAAAGAUUGUUCACAGCGAAGCAGAACCAUGCAUCUCUUGUUCCAAUCCUGGGCUUAAUGAAAGAGGAGGAGUAUAUGAAUGAAUCAAGACCAGUGCCUCAGCUGAUCAAUCAAAACAAGUUAGCUUUAAAAGUUCAAUAUAAUGAUGAUUAUUUGUUAAUUUUAAACAUCUAUAUUUUUUCAGAGUAUUUGAACGAGGGUCUAGGUGAAGUGUUGACAGGUCAAGGAUCUCAAGGUAAUAAUUCACGUCACAAGCCGUCCCCUGAACCGGACCCAGAGCUAGGACUAGGCUCUCUGGUGGAGGUCAUGUCCACAAAGCCGCUUUAUGGCCUGAUCAAGUGGAUUGGACAUCUACCAGACCAGAAAGAACCAAAAAAAUUGAUAGCAGGACUUGAAAUGGAGGAAGAGACGACCGCUGGAACAGACGGAACGUUCGGAAGCCAUAGGUUAUUUAAUUGUCCCCCUCGUAAAGGAUUAUUUGUACCAUUAUAUAAAUGUCGCAAAGAUAAACGUUUCAUGGAUGAACGUCAAAUGAGAAGUCCUUCUGCGGACAGAAGUAUUAACUUUGGCAGCACAGAGACUCCCGAUUUACCUGGAACUGUUUCGCCCCCUACCUCCCUAGAAAAUAUAAGUCUUGUCUGUGGGAAAGGUCGUGGAAUUCAAGGUCAUCAUAAUUCUUGUUAUAUGGACGCUACACUUUUAGCUAUGUUCUAUUUUACGACUGUAUUUGAUUCUAUAUUACAUCGUCCAAAAACGUCAGCCGAUUUAAAGGAAUAUACCGAGGUUCAGCAAGUGUUGAAAGAAGGCAUUGUGAAUCCAUUAAGAAGACAUCACUAUGUGAGAGCUGAUAAAAUGAUGAAAUUGAGAAAAUUGUUAGAUAAAGUUGGUAAAAUACCCGGAAUGAUGAGUGAAGAAAAAGAUCCUGAAGAAUUUUUAAACUUGCUGUUAAAUGAAAUAACAAAAGCAGAUCCGUUCCUAAAAAUUUGUGCUGAAGACAAUCAGGAGACUCAGCAUACAUAUUUCUAUCAGUUGAUAAUGGAGAAAGAUGAAAGACUAGUUCUACCAACCACACAACAAUUAUUUGAACUUUCAUUUCUACAGAUUGGUAUCAAGUUAAAAGAGGUACCGUCUUGUUUAAUUAUACAGAUGCCAAGGUUUGGAAAGGAUUAUAAAAUGUACAAACGAAUUCUUCCUAGUCUUGAGCUUGAUAUUACAGAUGUGUUAGAAAAUGCACCAAGAGAGUGUAUUAUAUGUGGAGAUUUAGCUGCAUAUGAAUGUAAAGAAUGUUACCAGGUCCAUGGUGCAGGACUUAACACUAUAGCUUUUUGUGAUGGUUGCAAGAGAACGAGUCAUCAACAUAAAUUGCGAGUUAAUCAUAGCUGUAGGAAGAUAAGUGUACCUCCAGCCUACCAUGAUUAUUACAUGAGGAAAAAGGACGAGGGAAAACCUGUACCUAUACCGCGUGAAAAAAUGGAACUUUUUGCAGUGAUCUGUAUACAGACCAGUCACUAUGUCUCUUUUGUAAAAACUGGGAAAGGUCGGGAUGCUAAAUGGAUCUUCUUUGACUCCAUGGCGGAUAGAAUGGGUGAACAAAGUGGCUAUAAUAUACCGGAAGUUCGCGAAUGCAGCGAUAUCCCGCGCUGGUUAUCCGACGAAUGUUACAGUGACAUUAUGAAGUACCCGGAAGAUAAAACGCUACCGGAACAUAUGAGACGACUUUUUUGUGACGCUUAUAUCUGCAUGUACCAAAGUCCUCAAGUUAUGAUGUUUAAAUAAGCUUGAAUUUGCGUUAUUUCUUUUUACAAAUAUUAUUUAUAGAGCAUUCUUGAAUUUUUGAAGUUUCGGAAGAAACACAUAAUGAAAACAGUGCCUAAUAAAAAAUAAAUAAAGGAUACAUGUCAGAUACAGCAAGUUAUACAACUUGACAAUAGAAGUACAAUGUUCGUACAUUUAUCUACUCGGCUUAGUUAUUGUAAUGCUGGGAAAGUAUAUUUUCAAUCACAAAGGGGCAGUUUGCAAAUAUUUAAUAGUUAACAGUGUUAAGCAAUGCAAAGUCACACAUACAUUAUCUUCCUAAAAAGAAGAAGAGUAGAGCAACAAGAGUAUUCAGAGGAAAAAAUGGGUAAAGUCAAACUGGAAUAUAAUGCUUGAAGAUAUCUUCUAUAAAUGUAAUUAUCUUGUUUAACUUGACUAAAUACACCCCCACUACACAAAGUGUGGUGGGUGCUAUAUUGGAAUCACUUUGUCUUGUUGCAUAACAAAUGUUUUUCUUUAAUAUUUUUUUAAGCACUUCAGCUAUUAAGUUUGAACUUAUUAUUAUAUUAAGAGGGUCACAAAAAUGUUCAGUAGGCCGAGUUACAAAAUCCUUUAUUGCUUUUUGACAUAAAUUGUACCCUCUUUAAGAAAUUAGUUUUUAUUUGAGUAUCUCUAAGACAAGUAAGGGUGAUAACUAGUAUUUAAAAGAUAAGUGUAUAGUCUGCUGCAAAAACUAUUGGAAGUAUUGUUUUAAUUUUGAAAAUGCUUGUAUGAAACAAAUAUGGUAGUAAUUGCAUUAAAAGCAAACGGUGCAUGCAAGAUAUGAUUGCUAAACAUAUGAAACCCUACUUAAAAUAGUAGAAUAAUAUUUUAUCCCUUGAACAUUUUAUUCUGUUUACAUAUAAAAUUCAUGCAUGUUGAAUAACAGAGACAUUCUAUGUUACAACUCAUUAGAGAAUUGACCAUAAAAUUUGAAUAUCACUGAAACCAAAAUAGAUAUUCACUUCAAAUUUUAAAUGUUAUUAAAUGAACUUAUUCAGUUAUAUUACUUCACUGUUUUUGCUUGUUUCAAUUAAUUGGCACAGUCUAAGGUGUCCUGUUUCAAACUUUGUUUGAAGGUUUAAAAUCUGUUGGUACUUUUAGCUGAAGAAUGAUUUAUUUAUUGCACCAGAGACUGUUCCUUUUUAUGUGCUGUUAUACUACAAAAGUUAUAUCCCCUUUCCAACUACCAACGUCACCUUCUAUCAAAGACAUUGGUGGGUGUAUGAAUCACGUUCAGUGAGUGUUGCUUUAUACGGUAUUGUUAAACUCGUUACAUGUGAACAAAGUCAGAGAGAAAACAGAAUGUUACAGAUACAGAAAAAAUAAUAUUGGGUUGGUUAAUAUGUUCUGUUGGACAAAUACCUUGCUGUGAUAAUAAACAAGCUGCAAGGCUAGUCUCGUGAUUCUGUAGAUGUAUUCCUGUGUUGUACUGAACAUUGUGUUAUAACAGUUAUUAUACUAUACCUAUUUUAUUGAAGGUAUUCACACGUUAAAGUGACAUUAUACCCAUAUUUUCAUAGUCAAGUUGAGCUGAAUUCACAAUAUAUUACAAAAGAUUGACUGUUUUAACAGUGAUUGACCAAUGGUUGAUAUUGAAAAAUGUAUAGGAUAAAAUAUGAAUCUGCCUUAAAGCUGCACGUCUCCAGAUAGCCAAAAUAUUUCAAGAAAUUCAAUCUUUAGAAAAAUGUAUUAAGAUCUUAAGAAAAGUAAAAAGAUUCAAUAUCACUUAAUUAUUUACAUGUUAUGAGCGAUUAGUGACUGAUUUUGCCAUAUCAAUCACUAUAAUUCUACUGCAUUACUAACACAGAAAAAGGUAUUUAUGUAUUUUUUUUAUCUCUUUUUGGUAAUUAACUGGAUUGUAAGUACCAUUUGCAAUAAGUAAAUUACUUUCUUUAUUCACUUCACAAUAUUUUACUUUAAAUACAUUUUCAAAAUUUUCAUGAAAAUUAGCAUGCUACUUAAAAUAUAAAAAGACUGACUCACUCUUUUAUUAAUUUGAAUGUAACAUAAGGUAAAAUCAAAUAAAUGUUUAUAGAACUUUCCUUGGACCACAUGAAUUUUUUUAUCGUCCAUCAGAAGAAAACUUUAAAACUGAAAGGAAUUAUCGCAAAAUGAAAACUUAUUUUGACUUUCACUUGUUCACUCACUAUAUAUACCCUUGGAUGGGCAUAAUGUCACUUUAAUCAACUUGUUUCAUCAAAUGAUAUGCAAAGGUUAUCUUAUAAUUUGAGUCUGAUUAAGGAACCUUUUCACAAGAUUUGCUACGUAUCAUAACAGUUGAACAGUUGCAAAAGAGUGCUUAACCUUAAAAAUUUUUGUAUUAAAAAUACCAAUAUACUGGACUUCAUAUGCACCUGUAUACAGUUAAUACUGUCAUAUAUUUGGUCACAUGUUGUAAAGGAAACAUGUGAUUGGAUAAUUAAAAUAGGUAUAGAAAGUAAGUAUAAUUGUCAUUUCAUCCAUUUUGUUAGUUUUCAAUAUUUGUGCUGUGGAGAAUUAUGCAUGAAUCAUUUUAUAUACAUUGAAAUCCAUAUGAAAAUCAUUAAAAUCUGAAUGUGUGUAGUAAGUAAUUGUUAUCCGUAACUCAACAAAUGUGGGUUGGUCUCCACCAAUCUGGUGUGACACAAACAAACUUUUACCAUUAUAGCUUCAUUGUGUUUAACCAUUCAAAAAAAGAGUUUUCAAUGCGGCUGCGAUAAUAAUCAUUAAAUACCAGUAAAAGUUUGUUUAUACUUCCGGAAUAGAUUUGGAACAAACCAACAUUUUCCGAUUUCUUGAUUAUUCUAUUGCACAUGAUGUGUAUAUAAGAGUGUUAAUGAAUGUUUCAUACACAGUUUAUGAAUUUUUUUAUACACUAGGUGUGUCAUAUAAGUUUGCACAUUUGCAAUGUUUCAUGUGAAAAUUAAUGAAAUUUGCCUUCAUUUUACAUGUUAAUUCUUUAGGAACUUCAAAUGACUUUGAUGUAAAAUUUUAUUUAUAAAAGCUUUGUAUAAUUGUAAAAUGUUUAAAGAAAUAAAAGAGAAAAUUAAAUCUU